AUGCAAUUCUUUCUCAGCUCAUUUUUUCUCUUUUGUCUCUUAUUUUCAACAGCAUCAGGUUUCUUAUCAUCUUCGUGCAGAAAACGGGGUGAAGUGUGUCGAGCAAGUGGCGAUUGCUGUCCAGUAUUGGGUCAUCGUAUUGUAUGUGCUCCACAUCGAAAGAUAUGUGGCAAGAAAACGUGCUGUGUUACUGAAGUCGAAGAGCAACAAGAACGGCAAGCAGCUAUUAUACGAAAUCGUAAUCCUAAACUAAAACAGAUGCUAUCAAAAAUUAUGGGACAAUAG